AUGGCAGAGACAGCGUCUGCCGAACCCGUGACGGGCAGAGCAAUCGUCUGCCACGGCCCCGCAAAAGACGGCAAAUGGAAGAUCGAGGACGUGCGAUUGAGGCCGAUCAAGGACAACGAGUUGGUCGUCAAGAUCGUAGCCAGCGGCAUCUGCCACACAGAUCUAGUCGUUGGGGAUGCGGAUGAAGGGUUCGGCGUAUUUUAUCCGAGUAUCAAGGGGCACGAAGGUGCCGGCUACGUUCAGCAGAUAGGAUCGAAGGUCACCGUCGCCCAACCAGGAGAUCCUGUACUACUGUCGUUCGCAUUCUGUGCCACAUGUGCACUCUGCACUUCUGGCCACCCGGCUCAUUGCAUUCAGUUCCACGAGAUCAAUGUCUUCGGUAGGAAAGACAAGGACUUCUCACUUGCGUCCUCCGACACGGACGCUGAGCCUCAAAUCUCUGGCUGCUUCUUCGGCCAGUCCAGCUUCGCAAGCAUGUCAAUAGUCAGCGAGAGAUCCGUAGUCAACGUAAAAGGCCUACUGAACGACGAAGAACUGAAGAUGUUCGCCCCCCUGGGCUGCGGUAUCCAGACCGGCAGCGGGAGCAUUGUCAACAUCGCGGCAGCGGCACCGGAGGAUACGGUUGCAAUCAUCGGUGCCGGCGGCGUCGGUAUGAGCGCAAUCAUGGCCGCAAAGAUGCGCGGCUGCCGGACCAUCAUUGCCAUUGAUCGCGUGGAGUCGCGCCUCGAGCUUGCGAAGCAGCUGGGUGCAACACAUGUCAUCAACACCGCCACCAUGUCAUCGCUUGAUGAGGUUGUGCCGGCAGUAACAGGGCUCACUGAGGGAUUGGGAAGCAGCAUCACGGUAGACACCACAGGGUUCCUUCCGCUCAUCCAGAAAAGCAUCGACUUUACCCGGCCCAGAGGCAAGAUACUGCAGAUUGGGGUUGCGCCCAUGGACGGGAAGUUAGAAAUACCGCCAAUAAUGUUCAUGGUCACCGGUAAACAGUAUAUAGGGGUUAUUGAGGGUGAUGUCGUGCCUUCGAAUUAUGUCCCGGAGAUGAUUAGGUGGUACCGGGAGGGCAAGUUUCCGGUAGAUCGGAUUGUGAAAUUCUUCAAGGCGGAAGAGUUUGAGAAGGCGAUACAUGAGAUGCAUACAGGAGGAACGGUCAAGCCGGUGAUUGUCUGGUAG